GGGUGUACUCUUUGCUAUGUCUUUGCGGGGAACAGGGCCCCAACCAGCAUAUUUACACACUAAGCACCAUUGCAGGUCAUCGAUUUCAUAGCCAGUUGCUUUUUCUGCACCGUUCUGUCCUGGUGAUUGUUUACAGGUUAUGACGACUAAUCCUAAAUCAAACAAGGCAUUAAAGGUUAAGAAGGAGGCGGGAGAAAACGCCCCAGUAUUAAGCGACGAUGAACUCGUGUCAAUGUCUGUGCGGGAGCUAAACCAGCACCUCCGAGGUCUAUCCAAAGAAGAUAUCAUCCGUCUGAAGCAGCGUCGGCGCACACUGAAAAACCGCGGUUACGCUGCCAGCUGCAGAGUUAAACGAGUCACUCAGAAAGAAGAGCUGGAGAGGCAGCGUGUGGAGCUGCAACAAGAAGUCGAUAAGCUGGCAAGGGAAAACUCAAGCAUGAAGCUCGAAUUGGAUGCUCUGCGCUCCAAAUACGAAGCUCUCCAGACCUUCGCACGCACAGUUGCUCGGGGUCCCAUCACCCCAACCAAGGUUGCUACCACCAGCGUCAUCACCAUUGUGAAAUCUGCCAAUAUCUCAUCGGCGUCCAUACCAUUUUCAGCAGCAUCCUAGUGUCCUCUAAUGGAAUGAACUAGCAGCCUGUUCUAAAAGGGACUUUGUGGGAUUCACCUACAUAGAUUCUCCGUUCCUUUCCUGCCUAAUGAAGGCAUUGCCUUUUAUUCCAUUGCCCUCCUAACAUGAUGCAUAGAGGCCGUACAUGUGACUGGAGAACUAUGGCCCUGUCAUAAUUGAACCAGGGAAUUUGACUCCUUCUGUUGAAUGAGGUUUGAAGAGUCUGUAAUUGUAUUUUUGUUUUGUUGUUUUUUUUGUUUUUUUUAUAUCUAUGAAAACUGUUAAGCUUGAGCUACCUGGACCCUGCAUAAACACAUAUUUAUGAGAAAAAAGUAUGAAUUUCAUAUUACAUGGGAGAAGUGGAAGGUGAUCACUCUCCUCUUAUUUAAGAUGCUCCAAAAAAGUCACCGUAUACAUUUUAGUAUGUAAGGUGCCCACUAUAAUUAGUUGUAUAAUGUUGCAGAGCUAGAUUUUAAAAAAAGAAAAAGAAAAAUCAAUCUUUGAAAGCAAAGAAAUCUAUGUUUACAGUCUACUUAUGGACAAAGUUUUUGCCUGUUUAAGGGCUAGAACUUGUGCCUCUCAAUAAUUCUUGAAACACAUCUCUGUAAUGUGGAAAGGGAUGCUAAUUGUUUUCUGGUUUAGUAGCUGAUCUACACUGCUCUAUUUUCUAUUUCUAAGAACAAAUUUGUUUUUGGCUAAACCUGACAAAUUCACAGCAGACGUUUCUAUCCAGAUACUUGGUGAAUGUGUGGCUGCGUUGUUUAAAAUAUGCCUUCUGAAUGAAACAAAGCAAUUUAAAAAAAAUUAAAAUAAAAAUUUCCCUUUGAGUAACGCAAGGAUUAGAUGCUGAGUUAGUACAAAGUCAGAGCCCCUGGCUGCGGUUUCUGAAAAUAUGGAUAUUUGGAGAGAUUCCGCUUAGCUGAAAACUCUUAAUCGUUACACCUAUUUUAAAGUUGAGAAACCAGUUUCAGAAAAAAAUGCUGUGCUCAUUCAGUAUUUAGACUGUAAGCUCUAUAGGAACAGGAGUUGCGUUAUUCUGGGAAAUGUUGUAACCUGCAGGAAAUUAUAGGGAUUUCUACUUGUAGUUUUGCCUUGUAUUUAUUGUUAUUCUUGUCUCACAGGUGAUUGUGUUACUGUUAUAAAUGACUACAGAUUUUGUCCUGUAAGCAGUGAGAAAUGUUUUGCAAAAUUUAGGCCAAAGUAGUCCUUGGGGGAGGGAG